AUGGACGGCAUUAAGAAGACGUUUGCGCAAUGCAAGAAGGAGGGCAGGUCUGCUCUUGUCACGUAUGUGACUGCAGGUUUCCCUACCGCAGAGGAGACGCCUGACAUCAUGAUGGCCAUGGAGGCGGGAGGCGCUGACAUCAUUGAACUCGGCAUGCCCUUCACCGACCCCAUCGCAGACGGCCCAGCAAUCCAGACCGCGAACACACAAGCCCUCAAGAACGGCGUCAACAUUGGCAGCGUUCUCCAGAUGAUCCGCGAUGCGAGGAAGCGGGGUCUCAAGGCACCCGUCCUUCUUAUGGGAUACUACAACCCCCUGCUCAGCUACGGCGAGGAGAAGAUGCUGCAGGACGCAAAGGAGGCCGGAGCCAACGGCUUCAUCAUGGUCGACCUGCCACCCGAGGAGGCUCUGCGCUUCAGGAAUUUCUGCCGCAGCUACGGUCUCUCCUACGUUCCUCUUAUUGCACCCGCUACGUCCGAGCACCGCAUGCGCGUCCUCUGCAAGAUCGCCGAUUCCUUCAUCUACGUCGUGUCCCGCAUGGGCGUCACUGGCGCCUCCGGUACUAUGAACGCCGCUCUUCCCCAGCUGCUCGAGCGCGUCCACAAAUACUCUGGCAACGUCCCGGCUGCCGUCGGUUUUGGUGUCAGCACACGCGACCACUACCUGAGUGUAGGCAAGAUUGCUGAGGGUGUCGUCAUCGGUAGCCAGAUUAUCAACACAUUGCUCAAGGCUGAACCAGGAACGGGCGCAAAGGCAGUCGAGAAGUACUGCGACGAGAUCUGCGGCAAGAGCACCCGCGGUGCGCCUCGGGAGGUCGGUAUCAUCGAGACAUUGAACGAGGCCAAGGAGCCCACCAACGUGCAUGUCGACAAGGUUAUUACCGACAAGGACACACCGGACGGUCCUGGCCUGGCUGAUCAGCUGGAGAUGCUCAACACUGAUGAUGCUAACGGCACCAACGGUACACACGAGCAGAAUGGAUUUGACGAAAAGCACAAGUUCCCCGCACGAUUCGGCGAAUUCGGUGGUCAAUACGUUCCUGAAUCGCUUAUGGACUGUCUCUCUGAGCUCGAGGAAGGUUUCAAUGCAGCCAUCGAAGAUCCCAAGUUCUGGGAAGAAUACCGUUCUUACUACGACUGGAUGGGUAGACCAGGUCAUCUGCAUCUUGCGGAGCGCCUUACCGAGCACGCCGGGGGCGCCAAUAUCUGGUUGAAGCGAGAGGACUUGAAUCACACUGGAAGUCACAAGAUCAACAACGCACUCGGACAGGUGCUCAUUGCCAGGAGACUUGGAAAGACUGAGAUUAUUGCCGAGACUGGAGCUGGUCAGCACGGUGUUGCAACGGCCACGGUAUGCGCCAAGUUCAACAUGAAGUGCACCAUCUACAUGGGAGCUGAGGAUGUCAGGCGCCAAGCCUUGAACGUGUUCCGCAUCAAGUUGCUUGGUGCGCAGGUUGUUGCUGUCGAGGCUGGUGCUCAAACCCUGCGUGAUGCAGUCAACGAGGCAAUGCGCGCCUGGGUCGUCCACCUCGACACGACUCACUACAUUAUCGGAUCUGCCAUCGGCCCUCAUCCUUUCCCCACCAUUGUCCGCACUUUCCAGUCCAUCAUCGGAAACGAGACCAAGGAGCAGAUGCAGGCGAAGCGUGGUAAGCUUCCCGAUGCCGUAGUCGCCUGUGUUGGUGGUGGCAGCAACGCCGCAGGAAUGUUUUACCCCUUCUCCAAGGACCUUUCUGUCAAGCUUCUUGGUGUCGAAGCUGGUGGUGAUGGUGUCGACACCGACCGCCACAGCGCGACUCUCUCAGCUGGAAGCAAGGGUGUGCUCCACGGAGUCCGUACUUAUGUUAUCCAGAACAAGCACGGACAGAUUAGCGAGACUCACUCCGUCUCUGCUGGUCUUGACUACCCUGGUGUAGGACCUGAGCUUGCCAGCUGGAAGGACAGCGACCGUGCCAAGUUCAUUGCUUGUACAGAUGCCGAGGCCUUUAUUGGCUUCCGUCUCUUGUCACAGCUCGAGGGUAUUAUCCCCGCGCUGGAGACAUCGCACGCGGUGUUUGGUGCUAUUGAGCUGGCAAAGACGAUGAACAAGGACCAAGACAUUGUCAUUUGCGUGUCUGGACGUGGUGACAAGGACGUGCAGAGUGUUGCUGAGGAGCUGCCCAAGCUGGGACCCAAGAUCGGCUGGGAUCUGAGGUCUAUAGAGCUCCAGGAAUUCGACACACGCCCGGAACAGCCGCACAGGGAGAGCAAGAGAGAACAGAAGCGACGGGAGAAGCUCGAGCAGCUUCGCGAGGCCGAAGAGAUGAAGUUCUCGCACAGUCUGCAGUUUAAUGCUGUGCCCGACUGGAGCAACCACUACAUCGCCUAUAGCAAUCUCAAGAAGCACAUCUACAGCCUUGAGACACAGCUCAACCAGAAGCAGGCGCAUACCGACGCCGAGUCGUCACCACUCCUCAAUGGAGAUGCCGACGAUCCAGACAAGGUCUUUACCAAUACCCUCGACACCGAACUAGAGCGCGUCACGUCCUUCUACAAGCUCAAGGAAAAUGAAAUCUUCGAGGAGAUGGAGGCCCUGCUCAAGGACGAGGAGUCGUUCGAGUAUCACCAGGAGGAGUACAACGAGGAGAAUGAGAAUGCGCCGCCGGGCAAGAAGAUGCGCAGCGGGAGUGUGUUCAAGGCGAUUGGCUUCCACCGGCCGCGGGCCAUGAGCGGGGCAAGCGGACGGUCAACAGAUCACGGCGCAGAUGGCGACGCAUCUGGCGACGACUCCGAGGACGAAGACGCCGACGAGACUGCACGGCUUCGUAAGAAGAGCCCAGACGGCCAGCGGCGACGAAGACGGACAAUCGACGAAGACAUGGCAGCCUCGCACGCCUCCUCGCGACGGAAAACAAGCGUCGCAUUCGAAGACUACAACGACAUGGCCUUCUCCGCGCUGUACGAAGAAGGCGUGUCGUUGAAGAAACGCCUCGUUAGCGUAUACGUCCUACUCUGCGAGCUCCGCUCCUUCAUCCAACUAAACAAGACGGGAUUCGAAAAAGUGCUGAAAAAGUACGACAAGAUCAUGGACCGCAAGCUCAAAAAGACCUAUCUGAGCAAAUACGUUUACCCCGUCUAUCCCUUCCAGCAGAGCACCAUGGACGAGCUGACGCGCAAUCUCGAGCGCAUGGAAUCCGCCUACGCGCAAAUCGGCACAAAGGGCGAUAUUGCCGAGGCGAAGCGCGAAUUGAGAUUACACCUGCGCGAACACGUCGUCUGGGAGCGGAACACGGUUUGGCGAGAGAUGAUUGGAAUCGAGCGGAAAGCGCAAGCGGCGAAUAUCGGUAUCAGCCACACACUGCUUGGACGCGAUACCACGGGUGGCAAGAUACGGCGGCAGGGCGACGACGUCGAGUCGGAUAUGAAGGAGGUGGAUACGCCGAUUGGGCGAUACCGGUGUCCGCAAUGGUUGCUCAGCAGGACGUUUUGGAUCCUGCUGAGUUGUAUUGCCGUGUUUGUUGUGUUGCUUGUUGUGCCCAUUAUGGAGGCGCCUGAGCAGCAGAAUUGUCUUGCCAUGGUCAUCUUUGUCAGUUUGCUGUGGGCUACAGAGGCUAUACCGCUCUUCGUCACGUCCCUGCUGGUUCCUUUCCUUGCUGUGACGUUGAAUGUCGUCCGAAGCGAUGUCGAACCUCACAAGCGUCUGGAAUCAAAGGCCGCAGCGUCAUACGUCUUCUCUGCCAUGUGGACGCCGGUCAUCAUGUUGCUGUUGGGUGGUUUCACCAUCGCGGCUGCGCUGUCAAAGUACAAUAUUGCUAAGAUGAUGGCUACACUUGUUCUUAGCAAGGCUGGAACGAAGCCAAGGACUGUGCUGUUGGUCAAUAUGUUUGUGGCCAUGUUUGCUAGUAUGUGGAUUAGCAAUGUCGCAGCGCCUGUGCUUUGCUUCUCCAUCAUCCAGCCCAUUCUUCGUAAUUUGCCUGCCGACUCCGACAUGACCAAAGCCCUCCUCAUGGGCAUCGCCCUCUCCUCCAACAUAGGCGGUGCCGCUUCCCCCAUUGCGUCCCCCCAGAACCUAAUCGCACUGCAAAACAUGCACCCGGAGCCUUCCUGGGGCAUAUGGUUCUUCGUCGCCUUGCCCGUGUGUAUCAUUUCCAUCCUGCUCAUCUGGGUCUUCCUCCUGGCUACUUUCCAACCCGGAAAAGGGCCGUCCAUUGUUCCUAUCCGGCCGCUCAAGGACAAGUUCACGGGUGUGCAGUGGUUCAUUACCAUUGUCACCGUCGUGACCAUUGUCUUGUGGUGCGUCAGCCACCAGCUUGAAGCUACGUUUGGUGACAUGGGCGUCGUAGCCAUCAUACCCAUUGUCCUCUUCUUCGGCACGGGUAUCCUCACCAAGGAAGACUUCAACAACUUCCUCUGGACCAUCAUCAUACUCGCUGCCGGCGGCCUUUCGCUCGGCAAAGCAGUCAACAGCUCCGGUCUCUUACACACCAUUGCCCUCUCCAUCACCGCUGGAGUAGAGGGAAUGAGUCUGUACGGCGUCCUCGUCACGUUUUGUGCCUUAAUUCUCGUCGUGGCUACCUUCAUCUCGCAUACCGUUGCCGCGCUCAUUGUGCUGCCCCUUGUGCAGCAGGUGGGGCAGCAGAUGCCGGAGCCGCAUCCGAAUUUACUCGUCAUGGGCGCUGUGUUGAUGGCGAGCGGGGCCAUGGGCUUGCCGACGAGUGGGUUCCCUAAUAUGACGGCCAUUAUGAUGGAGGAUCAGAGGACGGGCCAGAGGUAUCUUGCUGUCAAGCAUUUUUUGACGAGGGGUGUUCCCGCGAGUAUUAUGACGUUUGGGGUUAUUGUUACGGUGGGGUAUGGGUUGAUGCUUGCGGUUGGGUUUUAA